UUGUGAAACCUUUCAGUUGGCUGAGGCGGAAAUUGACCAUUUUCAAAUCUACACAAAUGGUCCAGUUGUGCUCAUGGCAUUUUAGUUGGCCAAUAACCAUUUUUAUGUCAUUGUAUUCUUGUUGUAAAUGGACUGAGUGACCAACAUACACACACAUGCAUACAUACACACAUACAUAGACAUGCAUAGGCACAUACACACACUAACCCACACACAUGCGCACAAACAAACAGAAAGGAAUGCAGUGUAAAUAACGGAGAGAGUCAACACUAUUGAAAAGGUUGCAAGACGCAACGAAAAUUUUAGGAAAAUAAAAAUAAGAAAUAAGUGGAAAUUUUACCGGUGAGUGUAUUAAAUUAUAUGGUACAAAAAGAAAAUGACUCUCCCCAGACACAACAAAAUAUAAAAAGUUCAUUUUCGAAUUGCAAGAAAACUAGAGCAUGGUGAGCAAAACCGAUUACAAAUUUGAAAGAAGCAAUAAAAACAUCGCAUGCAACUGAUAUCUAAAAAAAAUUGUCCAACGUAAUUAACAGGUAUUAUAAAUGAAGGGAAGUAACUCAAUAAAUAUAUUUAAAAAAAAAAAGGGAUAGAGGACCUAAUUUGAACUCGGAAUAUGAAUGCUCAAACAGUUCUGUUAAUUCCCUACCCUAUAAAACUAAAAAAACAAUAACAAUCUUGAGUUGCUGGAAUUUGUAAUUAAUGACUGAAUCUAAUUCCACUCUUGAAAUAAGGGAGACGACUUGGAAUUCUUGAAAACUAAUCUAACGCUGUACACCGUAGUAAUUCCGUCAGUGUGCGGCCUUGUACUUCUUAAAAUGUAUUUUUAGAGGUAAAACGGCAGCCUAUGCCAUUGGAGAUUACUGUCAGAAUAUCUGAAAACAAUAGAAACACAUAAACAGAUAUCACCUAAAUAAUAUGGAAUAAUGGACAACUACAAUAAAGAAUCCAAAACAUUACCGGAAAAAACCCCAGAUGUGAUUUAUAAGAAAUUAGCAACAGACACAAAAUAUGACGGAGUUAAAUUGAAUCAAAAUAAAUUUCAGAAAGAUAAUUCAGAACAAUCUGAUAAAAACCAACAGUCAAAAUCAGUGUCUUCUGAUGGAAAGAAAUAUAAAGCUAAAAAGUCUAAAAUAAAAUGGAAAAGUCUUGAACUUGAUUUUCAAAAUGAUCCUUGGACAAGAACUCAUGAAUGUUCCAAACACAGAAUAUGUUGUUUAAACUUGAAAUUAUUUCAAGACCUGAUUGAGAAGGAUGCAAACAGUAUUUGUCUAAAGUUAGGAUCCUGUGAAGAAUGCUUCAAAUACUUUCUCAAUAAACCAAUUGAUCUUCACACAACAACAUUGUUUUUGAAAGUCUUGAGGCAAAGUUUGAAAUCUUUCAUACUAAAGGAAAUGAACAACAAACAUCUAUCACUAAUGAUGUAUUCCACAUUCUUUGAUCAUAUCAAUGAUGUAAUUAUUGCCAUAAGAGACAUAAAUGACAAAGAAAAAGACUUCUUAACUGAAAUAUUAAAUAUAUUUAAACUUCUUGCUACAAACAGUCCACUAUGGGCAGAAAUUUUGUUAUCAUUAGAGGAGAAGAAAAUACUUGUUGAUGCAAUGAUAUUGAAAUGUCAGAAUCAUCCUGAAACACAUGCUCAAGUGGCAUCUUUUGAAGACUUUUGUAAGGCACCAGAAGGUGGAUGUUUAAAACCAUGUGAAGCACGUCUAGAUUGUGGACACACUUGUGCAUUAAUGUGUCAUCCUUAUGAUAAGGAACACAAAGGUCAUCAGUUUUGUGAAUUUACAGUAACUGAUGAAGGUAAUAAGAUCUGUAUGGUAAAUACUACAGCUAAGUACAUAGCACCAAUAAUAUAA